AAUGGAGGAAUCUGUCCGAUCAAAAUACGCUGUAUUGAUGAGUACUUUACCAGUAGCAGUUCGAACCCCAUAUAGUCCCCAACAACUCGCCAUUGAUGAGUGUCCAGUUCUCUUUAACUCGGUGCUGAGUACAUAAAUGCCCUCUAUAAAUAAUGUAUUACGCGAGUGGAUCUUAUUUGUUUUAGUUUCUUUAUGUUGUUAAAUUGAGAAGAAGUAAGUCAGAGACACAAUAAAGGGCGCACGAGACUUCUGAUACGUAAAACGUGAGAAAAACCCCCCGACUGUAAUGAAGACUCGCCAAAUGUUGUAACGAAGAGUUGUGGUAGGGCAACAGUAUGUUGGAGCUAGAAGUUUUUCCUGAACAAUCACUCAGCGCAGAAAGAUGGGAGUUUGUACUAGGGAUGCACUUCAGCCAGGCUGUGGCAAUAAUACAACAUCAAGUUGGUACCAUUCGGGGACAAGUCCUCUACAGCGACACCACCUCGCUGGAGACUGAUCUCAUCCUCAAUUUAUCUCAAGAUGGUAUUCAGUUAUAUUUUGAUCCAGUGUGUCAGCGGUUGAAGGUGAUUGAAGUUUAUAACAUGAAGGCUGUAAAAUUGAAGUACUGUGGAAUGCCUUUCAACUCGCCGGAAGUUAUUCCGAGCAUUGAGCAGAUUGACCAUUCAUUUGGAGCCACUCACCCUGGUAUUUAUGACUGGGAGAGACAGAUUCUUGCAAUCAACUUCCCAGGCCUCUCAUUUUUCUUUUCAGUUGACCAGAAAUACCAGCCGUGCCUAAACAAAGGGUUAGGCUCCCUGCAGUUCCCCAGUGGAGCGUCGCCAAUAGUGUCAAAGAUGCUUAUAUAUAAUGGUAGCAACCCUAAUGACACCAGAGCACCACCUCUUCCUUCAUCAUGUAUUCACAGUCUUGUGCAUUUGGAGUCUUUGUUGGUACUUAGAGAUAUGGGCAGAACAAAAGGCUUAAGACUGAAUCUGUUUACUGAUGAUGGGAGAUCUCGGCAUCAUGAAUCAAGACAAACUUUUACUCAGACUAUUUAUUUUGGAGCAUCAUGUCAGGAAGUAGCAGUUGCAUUAGGAGCCCCUUCUCGGAUAUUCUACAAGUCAGAAGAUAAAAUGAAAAUCCACAACGCACAUGCAAGAAAAGCUACCACGCGAUCUGACUUUUUCUUCAAUUAUUUUACCCUUGGAUUGGAUAUCCUCUUUGAUGCCAAAACUCAGCGUGCCAAGAAGUUCGUGCUUCAUACAAAUUUCCCAGGGCAUUACAAUUUUAAUAUGUACCACAGAUGUGAGUUUGAAUUACCUUUGACUGUCCCUCGUCAACCAGAAGACACAACGCAGCUUAUAGAUCUACCAUCUACUAUAACAGUGCAGAGUGUGACACUGUGGGACACACUUGGAUCUCGUAUCAAACCCCGUGGACGCCCUGUGGUUCUUCAUAGGUCAUCCUCAACAAAUACAUCAAACCCCUUUGGCUCAACAUUUUGCCAUGCAUAUCAAGAUAUAAUAUUUGAAGUUAUGGCAAAUGGACAUAUAGCUUCAGUAACGUUAUAUGAAAGUGAAGAGGCGGCAUAGUACUGGAUUUAAGUGAGAUGUCGAAGUGAUAAAACUUAGUGGUAGAGAAUCACAGACAAUUAUUAAUACAAUAUUGUAUGAGAAUUUGGUUUGCUUUAACCCUUUUCCCUUCCCAACAUUAUCUUAGAAAAUGCAACCACUGUAUUUGCGCAAAUCAUUGUUAUGAUUGAUGUCAUUUGUAUCAGUGAUCUUAAUAAUCAUAGUUCCUUAUACAUACUAAUGAUAUCUAUACGCAUAGUAGUGGUCAAGUUUCAUUGGCAAUGUGUACUUCCUCCAUUUUAAGGCAAGGACAAAUUCAAUAAAUUAAGGAUACCAAAAAAUACAGAAAAAAAUCUAUAUAUACAAUAUCUACAUUUUAUAUAUAUAAUCUUCAUGCUUGUAGGAGUGAUACCACUAAGAGUUUGUUUUGUGGAUGAUGUUCAAUGUGCUAACAUAGAAAGAAAAUACAAAACUCAAAAAAGAAAAAAAAAGGGUUAAUGCACAGCGCUGUUUGCCAGAGCAAUACAAGAGGCUUUUAUUAUUCAAUAUUGUAUUCAGUGAUAGGUAUAUAAAAGUUGCAAACUUUUGUUCAUCUUGCAUAAAUACAAAUAUGUUUUUAAGUUAUGGUUGUGUAAACUCUAGUUUGGUUCUGUUUAUAAUGUAAAGAGGAGCAACAUGGAAAGACUUGCAAACUUUAGUUAUUGUAUUACUGUACUUCUGUAUUACUGUAUGUCUUAAGUUAAAAAUCAGUUUUGCACAUUAUCUUCCUAACUAAUGUGGAGAAAUUUCUUUUUCAUAGCAGAAAAAUAUAAGGUACUGUAUUUUGAUACCAUACAGUAUUUGAUAAAUAAUAUUAAUACUGUAUAUUUAUAUAUAUAUCAUAUAUAUCUAUAUAUAUCCAUAUACUGUAUAUGACUAUACGUAUAUAUAUAUCUAUAUAUAUAAUCACAAUUUAUCUGACCACAGUUGUUGUGUUCAGAAAGGUAGUGCACGAGUGUACUAGUGUGUGUGUGUGCAUAUGCACGCGUGUGCAAGGAGAAUGUGAACCUCAUUUGAAGACAGUGAUGACUAUAGAAAAAAUUAACAUUUCUAAAGUCAUGGAUACGCUUCUUCUGUACCAUGACAGUUUUGAUUUCCAUAUUUAAUUAGAUUGUGAAUUUUGUAUUCUAUGGAAGCUUACUAGGUCUGCAUAACCAUUGUGAGCUGUUCAUAUAAACUUCUAAUAAUAUUAAAGUGUUUUUACAUGAAACUUA